AUGACUGCUGAAAAGCAAACAGUUCUUUUCGUUGCUCCUUUAAAUCGAAAUCUGAGGGAGUUCGAAGAGUUCGAGAGACAGUUCAAUUGCAUUUUCUACAAACUAACAACCCGAAAGGCAUUCCUAUCGGAUUUACAAACAGAUCCCAAACUAAAAAAAAUUGCAGGAAUAUAUUGUGGAUUUUCUGGAUUUCACGCAAUAGGUGGUCUUGAAGAUGAUGAAAUUAUCGAUGCUCUUCCAUACACACUGAAGAUCAUUGCUGUUUGCUCUGCCGGAUUCAAUGGGUACAAUCUCACCAAACUACGACAGAGGGGAAUCGAUUUUUGCAAUACACCAAAUUACGGAGCCCCACAGGUGGCAGAGGUGGCACUUUAUCAUAUUAUUUGUGGCUUUCGUCAAUUUCCGGUAUUCACAGAAGCUUUACAUGAGAAAAAAGAUACCAUUGAAUCCCGUCUUCAGCUUCAAGAAUAUACUAAAUUUGACAAGGAAAAAGGUAUAUAUUCAAAGAUAACUGAUAAGCAGGAAUUAUCAGAGAUCGAUCCUUGGUUUGCUUUUGGAGAGAAGCUCAGUCGCAAUAGAAUAGUGACUUCUCCUUUGGGAAAAGUGAUCACAAUUGUAGGCUUUGGCCAUAUUGGUAAAGAACUUGGUACCCGGGUCCAUGCUUUAGGUAUGAAGGUUAGGUAUGUUGCCAAACACAGGCUACUUGAAGAUGAAGAAAAACGGUUGGGCUAUCCACUUGAAUUUUACGAGGACAUUCGGCAUGCUGCGGUUGGAUCAGAUUGUAUGGUGUUGUGUCUUCCUAAAACUCCACAAACAGUUGGCAUUCUUAAUAAGGAGGUUAUCAAUUCCCUAAACGACAAUUGUUGUAUAGUCAAUGUUGGCAGGGGAGGGUUGAUAAUCGAAGACGAUUUAUUGGAGGGAUUAAAAAGUGGUAAAGUUCGUUAUGCGGGUCUGGACGUCUUGGAAGAUGAACCUAAAGUUAAACCGGAACUUUUAUCGAGACAAGAUGUCUGCAUUACUCCACAUAUUGGAUCGUGCACCGAGGAAGUCUUCGAUCAUACUGCGAGAUUUUGCUUACAGAAUAUGUCUUGCAGACUAGAUGGGGGAGUCUCAAGAAGCAUUCAAAACUGA